UAAAUGAGGAGCCCGAUCAGGUCAACCGACUUGUCUUCCUACUAAAAAUCCAACUGCGUAACUCUACAAUAUUAUAUGCAAAUUUUGGGAUAAUAACUAUGGCAGUCUAAGGUUCUUCUUACAUACUUAAAAACUUGUUUUCUAUCGGAAUUCUCUGAUUGUGGUUCCACAAUCUCAGCAGUGAUCUGCUUUUUAUUGUUCCCUGGCCAGGGAUGCCAUCGUUCAUAAAAAAUCCUUACUGCAUAUUUACGGAAAAAGUUGACCGCCUUUUUAAUAUUUUGAAUCUUUCUACAAUUACUCUGAAAGAGAUUCAUAUUUAUCCACUUCAUCGUCAAAAACCUAGCUUUUUCGUCUUCAACUAAUAAGCAAUAAUAAUGGCUGUUCAAGCUUCAUGCAUGGAAUUGGCUCUUGAAGGGGAGCGUUUGUGCAAAGCCGGUGACUGUAGAGCAGGAGUGAGUUUCUUCGAAGCUGCCGUUCAAGUUGGCACCGAAGAUCUCAAAACUCUUAGUGCAGUUUAUAGUCAACUAGGAAAUGCUUACUUCUAUCUUCAAGAAUACGAGAAAGCCUUAGAGUUUCAUCGCCAUGAUUUAACGCUAGCAAGGACGUUGGGUGAUCGAGUUGGAGAGGCUAAAGCAAGUGGAAAUCUUGGAAACACUCUCAAAGUAUUAGGGAAAUUUGACGAAGCAAUCGUGUGUUGUACUCGACAUUUGGAUAUUUCAAGAGAACUUGGAGACAAGGUUGGUGAGGCAAGGGCUCUGUACAACUUAGGAAAUAUUUAUCAUGCUAAAGGCAAGCAUUUUGGCAGAAGUUUUAACCAAGAUCCAGGUGAUUUCCCAGAAGAAGUAAGAAGUUCUUUAGAGAGAGCUGUGGAGUUCUAUGAAGGUAAUCUUUCCAUAGUCAAACUUUUGGGAGACAGGGCAGCCCAAGGAAGAGCUUGUGGAAACCUUGGCAACACACAUUACCUGCUGGGGAAUUUUGACUUGGCAAUAAUGUUUCAUGAGGAGAGAUUAGCUAUCGCUCGAGAAUUUAAUGACAAAUCCGCUGAAAGACGAGCCUGUAGUAACCUUGGCAAUGCUCAUGUUUUCUUAGGAGAAUUCGAGAUAGCAGCAGAGUACUACAAGAGGACACUACAAAUAUCAAAAGAACUCGGCGAUCGUGCAAUUGAAGCACAGGCAUGCUACAGUCUAGGGAACACAUAUACUCUCUUGAAGGAGUACAAUGAUGCAGUGGCGUAUCAUAUCAAGCAUCUGGCGAUAGCACAGGAGUUGGGGGAUAGGGUUGGUGAGGGACGGGCAUGCUGGAGUCUAGGCAACGCACAUACAGCUUUGGGUAACCAUGAGUUGGCCUUGGAAUAUGCACAAAAACAUUAUGAUAUUUCUAAAGAGGUUGGAGAUCGUACAGGUCAGAUUACAGCACAGAUGAACAUUUCUGACCUAAAGGCACUGUUAGGUAUUCAAGACAAACAAACAGCUGUCAAUGCUGAAAGUGAAGUCAGUGUUGCUGAACCAGAUCAACGAAACGCGAGUCCUGGAUCUAUUAAACAACUGUUCCGUAAACACAGCAAAAAUGAUUCAGAAAAGCGUAAAGACGGGCAGGGAAAAGAACGAAGUCGUAAGCUAUCUAGUCCYGUAGCUGGAAGUUCACGGCCAGUUGAUGCUGCUCAAGUUCAAGUUAGAGUCUCGUCGAAUCAGGCAAGAGGGCUGAUUGGUGAUUCUCUUGAUGACAAUUUCUUUGACAUGCUCAGUCGAUAUCAAGGGCAGCGAAUGAAUGAGCAAAGAUGUGAUGCUCCUAGUGAGAUAGAAACAAAGAGUAAAAGUGCAGAUGACUUGUUAGAAUUGGUUGCAAGAAUACAAGGAGAUCGUAUGGAUGAACAAAGAUUUGAGCUUAGAGACCCAGAAGAUAUUUUGGAUACAGCUUCUCAGAGUAAACCGGUAAUUAAAUUGAAAAAGGAUGCGUCAGGAGCCAUCUCAGAUGAUUUGUAUGAAAUCGUACUACGAAGUCAGGCACAUCGCAUAGAAGACCAACGUAGCGAACCACCUCUUCACAGACAAGCCCCUACAGUUCCAGAUGAGGAUUUCUUUGGUCUUAUACUGAGACUUCAGUCGAACAGAAUGGAUGAUCAACGAUCUUCUCUACCUGGUAACAUCGAUCGUUAUAAUCAUAAGUAAUUUUGAGCAGCUAUUUAUUCUGGAAGUAAUCUUUAUGAGUAAUAUAGAUGCUCAACUACUGGCUGUUUAAGGCCCUAAGGAUCACUGUUGAUCUUGGGCAAUGGUUUCAAAUGCUGAAGAACAUGAUAUAAAAUUUACUGACUAAAGGUUAUUCUAGGUUGUAGUGUUAACUGGAUUUCUUCAGCCAGUAAGUAAUAUUCAGUAAUGUAAUAUUAAACCUGCUUGACAUGU